ACCUGAAGCACGUUGACUGCUGUGUCAUGCACAUGGUUGGCCCAGGCUACCUGCGGAUUCUCACCUGCUUAGGCAAAACCUACCUGAGAAACUCACCUUUUACAUCUUCUUCCACCUCAAGACUCCUUACAAGAAACCCUGCGCGUCUUCACUCCCGAUCUAGCCAGGCCCCGUUCCUCUUGAGCUUGAACUUGAGUAGUUCUCGUGGCCCCUCCCACUCGAAACUGAAAACAACAACCUUUUGUCCACAUAUUACCUGCUUCAACGGUACCCGUGCUUUUAUUUCCACUUCCCCCGCCCGCUCUCUCAUCUCCAGCAUGGGACAGAAGAAGCCGUUUGAGCGCCUUCCUCAGGACGUGAACCCGACAAACUACGCCUUACGUCUGCAGCCCGACCUGGAGAAGUUCACGUUCACGGGCAGGGAGGUCAUCAGUGUGCAGGUGCAGAAGGCCACAGACAAGGUGGUGAUGAACAGUGUUGACAUCACCAUCGCUACGGCAACCUACAGGCCAGAGAACGACACAAAGGACCUGGCGACCAGUGAGAUCCAGUUCAACAAGGAGAAUGAGACCGUCACCCUGCACUUUCCUUCCGCCCUCCCCACUGGUGCUGGUGAGUUGACCUUGGAGUUUGAAGGUGAGCUGAAUGACAAGAUGAAGGGGUUCUACCGCAGCAAGUACACCUCUCCUGAUGGACAGGACCGCUUCUGUGCUGUCACACAGUUCGAGGCGACUGACGCCCGCCGUGCCUUCCCCUGCUGGGACGAGCCUGCCCGCAAGGCGACCUUCGAUGUGACCUUGGUUGUGCCCAAGGACAGGGUGGCUCUGUCAAACAUGAAUGUUGUAGAAGAGAAGCCUGUCCCGUCCAGAGAUGACCUGACGGAGCUGAGGUAUGCGCGUACGCCGGUCAUGUCCACCUACCUACUGGCGUUUGUAGUGGGAGAGUAUGACUACGUGGAGGGGAGGGACACAGACGGGGUGCUGGUCAGGGUCUACACACCUGUGGGAAAGAAGGAACAGGGCAAGUUUGCACUGGAGGUUGCAGUGAAGACUUUGCCCUUCUACAAGGAGUAUUUCAAGAUCCCCUACCCCCUACCAAAAAUUGACCUGAUCGCUAUCGCCGACUUUGCAGCUGGAGCAAUGGAGAACUGGGGCCUUGUGACCUACAGGGAAACUGCUCUUCUGAUUGACCCAGAGAACUCUUCUUCCCAUGCGAAACAGUGGGUGGCUCUGGUAGUGGGACAUGAGCUGGCCCAUCAGUGGUUUGGGAACCUGGUUACCAUGGAAUGGUGGACCCACCUGUGGCUGAACGAGGGUUUUGCGUCGUGGAUUGAGUACCUGUGUGUGGACUUCUGCCUGCCUGAGUAUGACAUCUGGACCCAGUUUGUCUCCACUGACUACACCGGAGCGCUAAAACUGGACGCACUCAAGAACAGUCAUCCCAUAGAGGUGCCAGUUGGGCACCCAGACGAGGUGGACGAGAUCUUUGAUACCAUCUCCUACAGCAAGGGGGCGUCGGUGAUCCGCAUGCUGCACGACUUCAUCGGGGAUGAGGACUUCCGUAAGGGCAUGAACCUGUACCUGACCAAGUUCAUGUACAAGAACACCUUCACAGAGGACCUGUGGGCCAGUCUGGGUCAGGCCAGCGGGAAACCUGUCGACAAAAUCAUGAGCACCUGGACCAAACAGAUGGGCUUCCCGGUACUGGAGGUGUCAGCUACACAGGAGGGGACGUCUCGAGUGCUGAAGAUCAAACAGUCCAAGUUCUGUGCUGAAGGACCUUCAGAAGAUGACAGUUCGCUGUGGAUGGUUCCAGUCAGCAUCAGCACGAGCCAAUCACCAGCCACCGCCGUGAAGACCCUCCUGCUGGACCAACGAGAGACAACCGUUACCAUCGACAACGUCAAACCUGACGACUGGGUCAAGUUGAACCCAGGCACAGUAGGGUUUUACCGGACACAGUACAGCUCAGACAUGCUGGACCGCCUGCUGCCCGCCAUCAAGGACCAGUCUCUGCCGCCUCGCGACCGCCUGGGGAUUCAAAACGACCUCUUUGCACUGGCUAAAUCUGGUGUAGCGAGCACGGUGGACAUCCUGCGUGUGAUGGAGGCGUUUGUGAAUGAGUCUAACUACACGGUCUGGUCUGACCUGGCCGCCAACAUCGCCAGCCUUUCCACACUCCUCAGCGGCACAGACUGCUACCCAAACUUCAAACUCUUCGUACAGGACCUGUUCAAGGUGGUGGGGGAGAAACUGGGAUGGGACCCCAAGGAUGGGGAGGGUCACCUUGACGCCAUGCUGCGGAGCAUUGUUCUGUCCCACCUGGGGAAGUACGGUCACCAGGCAACCAUCACCGAGGCAACCAAACGGCUGGAGGAGCACAUCUCAGGCACCCGCACUCUGCAUGCAGAUCUCAGGGGGCCGGUGUAUGCGACGGUGCUUCGCCAUGGCGACGAGCAGACGUACGAGCAGCUGCUGGACCUGCUGCGGAAGGCGGACCUACAUGAGGAGAAGGUCCGCAUCCUCCGGUCGCUCGGCUCGGUCAGCCAACCACAGCUCAUACAGAGAGUGCUCGACUUCGCCUUGUCGAGUGAGGUGCGCUCCCAGGACACCGUGUUCGUGAUCGGAGGCGCGACCUCCAGCCUGAAAGGUCGCGAGCUGGCCUGGAAGUUUGUACAGGACCGCUGGGACGAGCUGCACACGCGCUACCAGGGAGGCUUCCUAUUGGCCAGGCUGGUACAGUUCAGCACCAGUGGGUUUGUGGAGGAGUCCCGUGCGCGGGAGGUUGAGGAGUUCUUCAGGCAGCACCCCGCGCCGGCGGCCGAGCGAACCGUCCAGCAGUCCUGCGAGAACAUCCGGCUCAACGCCGCCUGGCUGGCACGCGACGCCGGAAACAUCAGCAACUACCUGAAGACCAGGGCUAGUCUGUAGGCAGCUGGGUUCACUAGUCUCCACCUAGUGUUAGGGUGGUAAAAUUUGGCAGGAACAGGGACUGACUGGCAAGGGGAGCGGGUUUACAAUUAGGGUUUCAUUUUGCCACCAAUAUCAGCAACUACCUGAAGACCAGGGCAAGUCUGUAGGGAGUUCAUUAGCCUACACCAGGCCUUUCUAAGGGGGUAACUGUAGCCUCCACCAGGCAUUUCUGUGGGGGUUAGGAUGGUAGAAUUUGGCAAAAAUAGGGUCUGACUGGCUAGGGGAGUAGAUUUCUUAUCAAACUCCCCUAUCCAAUUAUUUUCCCUAUUUGGCUAUACGUCUAGUAUUCUACUGUUUUGCUGGCAGCCCAUUUUGGCAAUGUCUGAGACCAGUUAUAAAGAGGAAGAGGUUUACAUAUUGUACUUGUUCUGGAUCUUGUUUGCUAAGGAAGCGAGCUUGAAAUUUAGAGCACUGCAAUCCCACCUAAGUCAUACUAUACCUUAAAAAGGAAUAACUCUUUCCCCUUCUCUAAAAUGUACUUCUAGUAGCAGCUACUUGACCAUUUGGUAUCAGUGAGAUACUAAGAGCUCCCAACACAGCUUAUUCUAAUUCUAGAAUGAUCAUGUUUGUACCUUAAAAAAGAGUCGGUAUUCAACCAGUUAUAAAGGAGACAACACCAUUUUCUCCAUUGAAUUUGAUGUGGAACUAUUGUCAUACAAAUUGUGACUGAGGUUACCUUCAAAACUACUUUCAUGUUCACAAAGUUUCGUGUAAACUUUUCAGCUUAGUUAUAAGGCAUGCAAUACCGGUAUGCUUCAUUUAUUUGCAGAGUGUAUUUCUAGCUGACAGACUACUCAUGGACCAAAUGUGAGUUGAACUUCCUAGCAUGAACCAAGAGCAGAGAGGGAAAGGUGAUUAAUAGAAUGAAGAAAAAACACUUGUACCGUACGGUUCAUGUUUUACAUAGAUGUGUCUGAUCAGAGAGCUCAGAUGUGUAGUGCAAGUUUCUGGUUGUGUAUUUUCACUGUUACAGUAGUAGUGGGCAGGAUGGGCAAAUAUAUGACUGUCCUUGUGUUUAAAAAGCUGUUCCAAAGAGUCUUUGUGGAGAUGGAAUAUUACGGCAAAGUUUGCAAUGAUCAAAAAUAAAUGGUGGAAAAAGAUGA